AUGUCGUCCACCGCGAUCCCCAAGCGCAUGGCGCUGAACCGCAACCCCGGGACCGACUCGUCCGUUCCCUCCAUCGCCCCCUCCCCUAUGGAGAGCCCCCGGCAGUCCCCCUCGUCCACCUCCCUGUCGUCCAUGGCCUCUGAUGCCGAGGCCACCAAGGCCUCCAAGCUCCUCGACACCUAUGGCAACGAGUUCAAGAUCCCCGACUACACCAUCAAGCAGAUCCGCGAUGCCAUUCCGGCCCACUGCUACCAGCGCAAGGCCUGGACUAGCUUGUACUAUGUCUUCCGGGACAUCGCGAUCCUGGCCGCCGUCUUCUAUGCCUUCCACAACUAUGUGACUCCGGAGAACAUCCCGUCCCUGCCCGUCCGCACUGGGCUCUGGGCUCUGUAUACCGUUGUCCAGGGUAUGGUCGGUACUGGUGUCUGGGUGCUGGCUCACGAGUGUGGCCACCAGGCCUUCUCGCCCUCCAAGGUGCUGAAUGACACGGUUGGCUUCAUCUGCCACUCCGCCCUUCUCGUGCCGUACUUCUCCUGGAAGAUCUCCCACGGCAAGCACCACAAGGCUACCGGUAACGUUGCCCGCGACAUGGUCUUCAUCCCCAAGACCCGUGAACAGUAUGCGUCUCGUGUCGGCAAGGCCGUCCAUGAGCUCAGCGAGUUGAUGGAGGAGACUCCCAUUGCGACGGCCCUUCACAUGAUCCUGCAGCAGCUGUUCGGGUGGCCCUUGUACCUCCUCACCAACGUGACCGGCCACAACCACCACGAACGCCAGCCCGAAGGCCGUGGCAAGGGCAAGAGCAACGGAUACUUCGGCGGUGUCAACCACUUCAACCCGUCCAGCCCUCUGUAUGAGGCCAAGGAUGCGAAGCUGAUCCUUCUGAGCGACCUCGGUCUCGCCAUCGUCGGCAGCGUCCUGUACUAUGUUGGCUCGACGUACGGCUGGCUCAACCUCUCGGUGUGGUACGGCAUCCCCUAUCUGUGGGUGAACCACUGGCUCGUUGCCAUCACCUACCUCCAGCACACCGACCCCAGCCUGCCCCACUACGAGCCCGAGUCGUGGACCUUCGCCCGUGGAGCCGCUGCCACCAUCGACCGUGACUUUGGCUUCGUCGGCCGUCACAUCUUCCACGGCAUCAUCGAGACCCACGUCCUGCACCACUACGUCAGCACCAUCCCCUUCUAUCACGCAGACGAGGCCAGCGAGGCCAUCAAGGAAGUGAUGGGCAACCACUACCGCACCGAGGCCCAGACCGGAUGGACCGGCUUCCUCAAGGCCCUCUGGACCAGCCCCCGCGUGUGCCACUUCGUGGAGCCCACCGAGGGCGCCGAAGGCGAGGGCAAGGGCGUGCUCUUCUUCCGCAACACGAACGGAAUCGGGCUUCCCCCCACCAAGAUCCACGCCCAAUAG